AUGUCCGCGCCCGGUGGUGCCCCUAGCCCUGUGCCUAGAGGCGGGAGCAUGGGUCCCGGUCCCAAUGGCAGCGGGAUGCCAAUGAACUCCCAGCAACCUAUGUCAACAGGUACUCCAGUACAUGGGCCGCCAACACCUGGUCCGCCACCCCAAAGUGGCGCUAUGUCCCAGCAAAAUUUAAAUCAGAUCGUCAUCGACUAUCUUGCCAAGAAAGGUUACAGCCGCACAGAGGCUAUGCUUCGCAUGGAGUCUGCCAACCAAGAAAUUGAUGGUCGUCCCCUUCCCCCACUUGGUGAAGAUGCACGACCCAAGUUCAAGCAGGGCUUUGACCUUCUCAAAAAUUGGGUUGAGGAGAACCUCGACUUGUACAAGCCCGAGCUUCGCCGCGUUCUAUGGCCCCUUUUUGUUUAUUCAUUUCUCAACAUGAUCACAUCUUUCUACCCACAAGAUGCAAAGCAGUUCUUCGAGGCCAACAAGAACAUGUUCCUGCCAGAGCACACAGAUGACAUUCGUGUAUUUGAACCUAUCAGUCUCCCUGAACACGUUCAAGACAACCCGGUAGCCAAGCUCUACCGCACGAACAAGUAUCGAAUUGUUCUCAGCAAUCCCGCAUACACUAAUCUCCUUCAAUUCCUUGAAAGCAAAGAGAAAGAAGGAGGAUCAGUGAUGAAUGCUAUCAUGAGCAGCUACUGUGUUGUGAAGACGAUGGAUCGGGCUGCCGAUGAUAGAUUCAGCUUUGCAACCAUGCUCGGUCAAAUUGGAGCUGGACAAUCCUUCCCUGCCGAAGAUGAGGGUAUUCCUGGCCACCAUCCUGGCUCCGCUUACACUGGUGAUAACCCAGCAAUGGCGGGUACCCUUCCGCGACUAAGACUUGGAAAGUUGCCCAUGGAGCCUGCCAUGGAGGAAGAUGUUCGUGCCGAAUUAGCAGAAGAGGAUCUUAAAGAGCCUCCUUUGGCUGGACGCAGCACGCUCACUCAAGAGUUUGAUCAAAUGAUCAAGAAGGAAGAAGAGGAUGAGGCGCCUAGUCGCGCCGAUAUUCCCUUCCCUUCUUCGACUGCGCGUGAUGUGCGAAUGGAAGUCAUGAAGGUUAAGGAAAACCGAGACCGCUUCAAGAUCGAGGGGCGUACUGGUGGUGUGGGCCCUGCCCUCAGUGUGUGCAUGUUCACUUUCCACAACACAUAUGAUGGCAUCAACUGUAUUGACUUCUCUGACGACAAUAUGCUUGUUGCCGCGGGCUUUGAGCAUUCAUACAUUCGUAUCUGGUCUCUCGACGGCAAGAACAUCGAAGCAGCCUACCCCGAUGUAGACGAUCAACCACCCGCCAACUCUCGCCGUCUUAUCGGGCACUCAGGCCCCAUUUAUGCAGUUACUUUCCAACCUUCAGCAACUCGCGCCGAAAGCGUCGAUCCAGAUGACUAUGUCCCCACAAACGCUCGCUUCUUACUGUCAUCAUCUGCCGACAAGACCGUCCGACUUUGGUCUUUAGAUACCUGGCAAUGUAUGGUUGUGUACAAGGGUCACGACCGACCAGUCUGCGAUCUGCGAUGGGGCCCAUUCGGACACUACUUCGUUACAGGUGGAUCUGACCGCACUGCCCGUCUUUGGGUCACCGAUCACAUCCGCCAACAGCGUAUUUUCGUCGGUCAUGACCAAGACGUAGACUGCGUCUGCUUCCACCCCAACUCUGCAUACGUCUUCACAGCUAGCUGCGACCACACAGUCAGGAUGUGGGCCAUAACUACCGGAAACGCAGUUCGUAUGUUCACCGGCCACACUGGCAACAUCACCGCAAUGGAAUGUAGCCGUGAUGGCAAGCUUCUCGCUUCCGCCGAUGACCAAGGCUCAAUCUUCCUAUGGGACCUCGCACCCGGUCGACUCUUGAAGCGCAUGCGCGGCCACGGAAAAGGCGGCAUCUGGUCAUUAAGCUGGAGUGUCGAAUCAACUGUCCUAGUUUCAGGUGGCGCAGAUGGUACCGUUCGUAUCUGGGACGUUACCGGCCCCCAAGACGCGACGCAAGGGCGUGUCAUCGGCGAGGGCGCCGGUGCUACCAAGAUCGAUGCCACUAAUGCGCCUGCUGCAGGUGCCCAGAGCAAGAAAAAGAAGGGCAAAGAUGUUGUGGUGACUCCCGACCAGAUCAGUGCUUUCCCAACGAAGAAAACACCUGUGUACAAGGUCAAGUUCACCAACAUGAAUCUGGUCGUGGCCGGUGGUGCCUAUCUUCCUUAG